AUGCCCAAACCCCAAUCAGAUAAACCCCAAAUGCGCGUACUGACGCCCGACGUCGCCAAAAAACUGGCCUCUCGCUCUUCCACCCUGAAUCCCACAUCCUCUCCUCACCCAUCCGCCCACAACACACCGGACCACACCACACCCGGCCCGAGCCUGGCGCCGCGACGACGCCUCCCCGCGUUCUUCUCACACCUCCGCGAGCGCUAUGCCGCGCUCCCAAUCCCCGUCCAGCGCGCAUGCCGGGUCGCACGCGUGCUGGCGCCGCUCGUCCCGAUCGGGCUUUUCUUCUCCGAGCAUGUCAUGCAGGUGAUGUGGGUGCGGGGCCCGUCGAUGACGCCGUACCUCAACGAGGACUACGAGCAGACGCACACCAAGAGCGACAUGGUGCUGGUCAGCAUGUGGCCGUGGGGGAGGGUGUGGCCAUGGGGACGGACGCGGCGGCUGGAGCGGGGGAUGGUGGUGACAUUCCGAUCCCCCGCUAAUCCCUCCCACGUCGCCAUCAAGCGCGUCGUCGGCCUCCCCGGCGACCGCGUCACCACCCGCGAGCCCUGCAUGAAACCCACCCAGAUCGUACCCUUCAACCACGUCUGGCUCGAAGGCGACGCCGAGGACCCGCGCCGCUCGCUCGACAGCAAUACCUACGGGCCCGUCAGUGUCAGUCUGAUUACGGGUCAUGUGAAGGCCGUGCUGGGCCCGCGCAUGCGCUGGCUGGAUUGGGCUGACUGGGAGGCUGGCCCGGUGGAGGGCGAUCAGUCGAAGAAUGCGUACCGGCAGAAUGUGCGGGAUCGUGUUGUUAAAGAGGCUGUUAAGCUGAAGCGUCCGAGUUUGGAUUGA